AUGCCCAACGAUCCUGCCACGAAAGUCACACUUCACGACGCUAACCAUCGAGGCAUGCCACCUGCGUUCGAUGCACGGAGGAGUGCAACUGACCUUGGGCAUGCUCCGUCAACAAUACUGGGUGCCUGGAGGACGCUAGGAGGUUCGACGCUGUAUCCACGGAUGCAUCCCAUGCAUCCGAUGGCGGGCGGCGUCACCUCAGCCUCCAAUGGGACAGUUGCCGAGACCCAAGGUCACAGCCUCGCGCCCCUUUACUCACACAGGCGUGAACUACGCGGGGCCGGUACUCGUACGUACGGUAAAGGGGCGAGGCCACAAAGCGCACAAGGCCUUCCUCGCAAUUUUCGUGUGCCUUGCAACCAGAGCCGUGUACUCGAGCUAGUCUCCGACUACUCGACGGAUGCCUUCAUAGCGGCGUUUCGGCGCUUUGUCUCCCGUAGAGGUCUGUGCCGAGCGCUGUACAGCGACAGGGGGACAAAUUUUGUGGGAGCCGACGCUAGGCUGCGCGAGCUGUUCCGGGCGGCCACGGAAGAAAGCUCGCGACUCGUCGAUCUUAUGACUAAUGAGGGCGUCGAAUGGAAGUUCAACCCGCCAGCGGCCCCGCACUUCGGGGGCCUUUGGGAGGCGGCCGUGAAAUCCGUAAAGCACCAUCUCAGAGGGGUCAUAGGCGACUCAACCUUAACCUUCGAGGAAUUAACCACGGUACUCACACAGAUCGAGGCGUGUUUAAAUUCUCGACCCUUGCAGGCUAUGACGGAUGAUCCGGAAGACCUCUCGGCCCUAACUCCAGGACACUUCCUAAUAGGCGACGCUCUGACAGCCGUGCCAGAGCCAGAGUUGGGCCGGGAGCCGAUCAAUCGAUUAACGCGAUGGCAAUACCUCCAGAGGAUGCGAGAUGAUUUCUGGGCAAGGUGGUCCAAGGAGUAUCUCCAUACGUUGAAUGCCCGUAGCAAGUGGUGGAAGCCCGAGGCCAACCCUGAAGUUGGCGACUUGUGUCUCAUCCGAGGGGAAGCAGUACCGCCAUGCAAGUGGCCACUGGCACGGAUUGUGAACGUACACCCUGGAGAGGACGGACAGGUGCGCGUGGUCACCGCCCGAACGGUAUCAACAGAGUUGCAGCGACCAGUAGCGAAGCUUGUCCUGCUACCGACCAAUCGUGCUGCGAAAACCGAAAUGAUCACCUCGCAGUCAAUGUAG